AUGCGAGUGGCCACGGAACGGGUUUGUCUUCCUUCUGGGGAGCGACUAAGUUCCUUUCCGGAGCCGGUUGUGCAGAAGAUGAGGAGAAUUGCCUUCGCCGUUCUUCGACGACUAUUUUCUCCUGUUCUCAGGCGGCACGUGGCCACUCUGCACCGAAGGAAAGCUCUCACGUUGUGGCGGCGUCUGAAGGAUUUGGAGGCGGAGCUGACGCUUGUUCUGGAGCGGCUUUCUGCACCCGUGCAAUGUGCCCAGAAACUAGGUGCGGACGAGGCGUUGACGGGGGCGUCGGGGGCUAAUAAGGCGUAUCGUUGCGUCAGCGGACUACCGUGUGUUUACUCAAGGGGAGAUGGUGCAGUACGUGGGGGAACCGGGCAAUGCCGUGGUCGUGUUACUCGUUGGAAACGUAAAGAAGAGAACGAGGACGGUAAAAGGAAAGAAGAAAUCCUUGCUGGAGAGGCCAAACUCUCUUCCUUCCACCGCACCCAUUGCUGUGAUACCAUUCGAUGA